UAAGUUUCAAACGUUCAUCAUCAUGCAUUUCACUUCACUCCUGCUGGCAUUUUUGGUCUCCGUUCAACACGCGAAAAUGGAAUCUCCAGCAAUUCAAAAAACAACGUACCUGAAGUUGACUAAAAUAUAUCAGAGGCUCAAAAGUGGUCCUGGCUUGAUUUUUCCUGGAAUAAAAUCAGCGCCUGACACUAACGGCAUGAUUCUGAUGAACAUCGGACCACAUAUCUCUGGAGGAACAGAGGCUCAGCGAGGACAAUGGCCAUGGAUGGUAAAAAUCGUGAUGGACCAAACUGCGAAUUGCGGAGGGACGUUGAUUUUGCCCGAUUGGGUUUUAACUGCCGGCCAAUGCGCUUACAAGGUUGUGACUUUUGAGCUAUACAUUGGAGCACAAAACUUGAACGAUGCAGAGGAGAGCGGAAGAUUGGUCCUAAAAUCUACAACAAAGAAACUACGUUUAAAUUACAACGAUGAAAUCCGUGCUAAUGACAUCGCACUAAUUAAGCUCCCGAAAAAAGUUGAAUCAAGUGCUGUCAUAAAUUUUAUUCGCUUGCCUCGACAGUCUGAUAUUAAAAAAGAUUUUGCCGGCGUUUCUGCAACCAUAAGCGGAUGGGGAUGGAAAUUAGAUGACGGAGAGAAAAACAACAAUUUGCAUUACCAACCAGACAAUUUGGUAAUUUCAAACGAUGACUGCAGCAAAAAUUAUGGCAAUAUCUUUUCCUCUGUUAUCUGCGUUGAAGCAAACAAGACGUCUAUGUGUAAUGCCGACGCUGGUGGCCCUUUGCUUUAUCAGGAGGCAGACAAGAAGUGGACGCAGAUAGGCAUACUUUCGUUCGGCAGGAACGAAUCGUGUCAGGGCUACCCGCUAGGGUUCACAAGAGUCACGCACUUUCUCAGUUGGAUUUCGACGCAAACCGGGCUGAAAAUAGAGAGCUAAAACAUAAUUGAUUGUGAUUAAACAAUAAAAUUUGAUAACCUGCACGUCAUAAUUUUCACGGCGUGAUUUAUUUGCGAAACAGGCCGUUACCAAAUCAUUAUCUCUUAUUUUAUUAUAGUCAUUUUAGCUCCCCGACUUAAUCAAUCUGAAUUUCCCCUCCCUUAUAGGAACAUAACGAAAUUCGCACUGCACGCAUCCUAUUAUUUGAUUUAUGGGGGUCAUGAGCUUGAAUAUAAAUGUGGGCUCGCGAGAUGACGUUGGAGUCAACUGCCGAUUUCAGCUUGGCAAUUAUGAACCGGCUGUCAAUCAGCGUGCUCAUCGCUCUCGUGCUCUGCUCCCAGGUCGGGGGACAGGAUCAAGACUUUCGCUUUGUUAGAAAAUUCUUGCCAGCGCUGAGAGAGAAGUUGGUUUACAACGCAUCGGAGUACAACCUAAUCGAACAGAAAAAUAAGCCAAAAAUAGAUUUUCUGCCAAAUGGCACUCGGCCUCAGUCCCCCGAAGCGGGAAAGGUCAGAAUUGUCCCAAAUGGGCAAAUCGUGGGAGGCUACAGGGCAGCAAGGGGUCAAUUUCCUUGGCAGGUAUUUAUUGUGAUGGACAAAGUGAGCUCGUGUGGCGGCUCCCUUAUUUCGCCCCAGUGGAUUUUGACUGCGGCGCAUUGCGUGCAAGGAUUUUCUACCUUUGAGAUCACGCUGGGAUCUGCCAAGCGAAAUAUUGCAGAAACCGGCAGAAUAAACGUCGUCACGACCCACAAAAUAAUUCAUAAACUAUACAACGACUCCAAUUUGCAAAACGAUAUUGCAUUAUUAAGACUGAUCAAUCCGGUCAACAUUACAGGUAAAGGUCCUUUCAUCAACACUAUCCGCUUGCCGCGUGUUGCUGACGGAUCCAGAACGUUUGUCAACACCAAUGCGGUCGUCAGCGGCUGGGGGAAAACGUCAGAUGCUGGCACCACAACUGUGCAGCUAAACUUUGUGACGUUGCCUAUAAUUUCAAACACUAAUUGCUCAGCCACUUACACAUCAGAAUAUAUCAAGUCAACGAUGAUGUGCGCGUCUGGAGCCAAUAACAAAGGAAUUUGCAGUGGAGACAGUGGCGGUGCCCUGGUUUACAAGGAAGCCGACGGACAGUGGACUCAGAUCGGAAUCGUGUCGUUCAGUGCUUUCUCGUGCCACGGCUACCCUCAGGGCUUCACCAGGGUGUCCAGCUUCAUGGGAUGGAUCUCAAACAACACUGGCAUUAAAUUUAGAAACUAAACUGUUUAUAAUAUGUUCUGUAGAUUUUAAAUAAUGUUCUGUUUUGUUUGUAAAAAAAUUAUUUGAAAAAUAAAAUUGCAAAAACUA